AAUUCCAUGUGUCGUUGGUGGCUGUAGGUGGACCAAUGCAGAGAAACAACUAUGUUUCUACACAACAUACAUUUGUAACAAGUGGAUGACCCCUCGUUCCCAAUGAAUGAUUACGUCUGAGGAAGUCGCCGUGCAUUAUUCCCGACUGUUUCCCAGAAAGAAUGAAGAAAUGGUGGAAUUUUUUGGUAAGUCACAGCCUCCUGUGCUUUCCCUAUGAGUGUGGAGGCGGGGCACUUCAGUCCAAGACUCGUCCACCGAAAAUAACCUGCAUGAGGGAGGGAAGAGACUUCCAGAGAAAAGUGAGAGAGAGUAGAGGGAGGAGGAAAGGAUAGUGCCCGAAAAAGCGGGGAGGGAGAGAAGAAGAAGAAGAACGGAGUGCCUGCGCUGCGAUGGAAUAAAAACUGCGCAAUUUUAAAUCCUAUCUCCGCUGCUCUUCCAGCGCUGGCCAGCGGCUGCAGCGCAGCCACACGCCACCCGAUGUCUCCUGGACAUGCGAACACGUUUCGUCCAGCUUGCGUGGAUUUCCUCGUCCUUUACCACUGGCUGUUCGUUUAGACAACAAUUGUGUGACAAUUUCUUUGAUAGUCUUUGAGCUACAUGGCAAACGUUUUGGAGAAGAAUUGGCAGAGACAAGCCUCUGUGACGGCCACAUCUUUGCUUCGGUUUCAUAACGUAUCUGCGUGUGUAGAAGUGCAUCCUCACGCCGUCAUUUCAAACAUGCGUAUCGAUUCGGAAUGCAUAAUUAAACCUUCUUACAUGACCACGCUCGUGCUGCGUGACUCUCCAGGCGUCCAUUCUGGUGGGAAGAGGAGAAUGCCUACCAUAAUCGUCUUUUGGGAUGUAUCACUGGACAAUUUAACGUUAUGGAGAAGGGGCACGGCACCUCCCAGUCACACUCUGCUUUUGGCAGCAGAGAAAUGCAACCAAACAUGAAUGCUGAUGAACUGGCUGGGCAGCCACAGCACAAGGUCAGAGAGUUUGUCCAUGGAUCACGGCCACCAAUCAUGGAGUCUCUCGAGCAACUGAGUGGCAGACCAAAUGGCCAAUCAGCUUUCGGAGAGGAGUCCUCCCUCCCUCUGCUGUGUUUGUCUCUCUGUCUCCCCCGGUCCACCGGGCUGCUCCCUGCCCCUCCCCAGGCAGAGACCACCAUGCUGGGCAGGGCUGCGGAGAGCGAGCAAGCGAACGAGGGAGAGAGAGAGGAAGCACAAAUGCUGGAUAGAUUUGCUGAGCUGGACGCGACUGGCUGACACACACAAACACACACACACACACACGCACUCUGGACUGUGGAUUUAACUCCAGUGAAAACUCAACUGCUGCGGCGGCUGCUCCUAAAACCGAAGUCAACAGAUUUUUGAGGAAGGGGCCAACCAGGACACAGAAGUUCCUUCAAAACGUGUUUUCACUUAGGACUAAAAGAACCCGAGGGAUAAACCCGCCCCCUCCACCCCAUCCACCGCAAGAUGAUUGGCUCCCAGGGCCGAAGCUGAGCGCCAGUUGACGAGAGAAUUGUUGCUAGAUGCUGAUUUGAAAGGCAUCGUCGAGAGUAGGCAGACAGUCGAGCGCCUCGUCUCAGGGUUGGUGUGUGUGGCCCCUCGCUCCGCUGCGGUGGAGGGCUUCACAGACACUGUGGCUGGAUGCAUCACACAGCAGAGCACUUUGUCGGGCGAAGCACACGGGAUGCCUUCCCUCUGGAUGGCCUCAACCGGGAACCAUGGCAACCCGUGAGCAACCGCUCCUGGGCCCCACCGUCCAGGUGUGCUCCCGGCGUCAAUCAACACCAGUUCCACCCCCACGCCCCCCCCAGUCAUGUGACCACGCUGAACCAUCCCAGUAAAUUUUACCCCAAUGGUAAUUACAGUGCCGUCAGUGCCCUCCCUCGCGGAGGCGACAAGCUGGACUUGUCCCCGGUGGCGCUGUUGCCCGGGUUACAGCGUGACGUCCCCCCCGCCAGGGUCCCGCCGGCCCCCCCUCGCCCGUGGGAACAGCUGGGGCUCUACGAGCCAACGUCCGGCGACCACACCCGUCUCCAUGGUUACGGCGGGCCUGCCCCCGGACACCUUGCAGCUUGCGCUAACCAACUGCUGAAGUUUGGCAAUCCACACCAGCAACACGGCUCCAGAACGAUGGGACCUCUCGGAGACACAUGGGGUCAGGCGCAGCAGCAGCCCCGAGCCUUUGCUGGAGGUCAGCUGAAGCGGGCGGCCCCUCCUCUGGGGGAGCACUCUGUGAUCCAGCACGCGCCCCCCCCUCCACCACCCCUCCAGCGCCCUCUACUGGAAGACUGCCCCAACCCCAGCAAGAGGAAGAGGAGCUCACUCUCAGAGCAGCAGGGCUCUCACCCCGCUCUGCAGCGCUUCUCUGGGCCUGGGGGGCACGCGGCGCAGCCCCCACCCCCCUCGCAGUACACCGCCCCUCCAAAGCCAGCCUUCUGGAGCCCCCUGCACAGCAACGGCACCCCGCCCUGGAGCAGCCCCCCCUCGGAGAGGAAGACAAGCCCCACCGACUAUCAGGACUCAUCUAAGUCAGGCCUGGGAGGCUUCAGCUACAAACCCACUCCGCCCGCUCCCUCGCUCCUCCCGUCCCCUGGGGGCUACAGCCAGGACCGUGCCCCCCCUCAACACCCCCAGAUUACCCACAAGCCCCUGCAGCCUCCCGCCCCUCAGGUCCACGUGCCCCCCCAUCACCACCACCAACAACACCACCAACAACACCACCCUCGCCUCCAUCCCCAACACAACAAGCCCUCCUCCAACUCCACCUCUGCCCCUACCUCCAACCAGGGUCCCCUGAGGUACCAGGAGUCCAGGAGCGGCCUGCCCCAGCUACGAGGCCCCGAGCUGGGCUUGAACUCCGCAGUGGGCCACCCUCACUCUGGAGGUCCAGUCUCGGCUCCUCUACAGCAUCAGCAGCAGCAGCCGUCGUUACGCGGGGACGCCAGCAGGGAGCGCCAGAGCGCACCCACACCAGCAGCAAACCUCACCGCCGUGCCUUACAGCCUCCCCCGCUUCCUCACACACCACGGGAUCCCCACCACCGGCACAUCCCACACUCUGCCCCCCCAGGCCCCUGCUGGCAGACAUCAGCACACACCCACCCCCGUCAACACCACCCCCCACGGCUGGAGGCCCCACAUGGGCCACGGACAACACACCAUGGAGUCGGGCCAUUUCAUGCCAUCGCUGGAUCCUCAGGGUUUGUCUGGCCACCGCAGCGGAGACGGCAACUGUGGCACCCAGGACCACCGCGGCACCCAGGACCACCGCACCCCUGGGACCCCCCAGCGCGUGACCCUCCCUCACACCCAGGGACUCCCCAGAGCCCCCGUGAUCACCCCCAACCCUCCGCGCUCCGAGGCCCCUCACACACCCCUCUACAGCAGCAGUAUUGGUGGAGCACGCACUGUCAGCACAGCGCCCCCUACUGUUAGCUCUGCUCCCAGCAUGCCCUCACACAUUGGCUGGAAAGCACUAACAGACACACUCCAGCAUCACGGCCCUGGCGGCAGCAGUGGCAGUGGCAACCUGCCCCACCAGGGGGGAUAUCAGGGACCCAAGGCAGGCACUGCCAGUCAACAUUCCCACCCAGAGAUGGGCAAGCCUCAGCCGAGCCGCCUGCCGGCACAUGGCAUGGGGCUCCCAUACUACUCACGCCCGAGCUCGAUGCCGCCGACGCCGCCAGUGCCGACGCCCAUUCCCGUGGCGAGCUCCGCCCCCUCAGGCCUGUCGCGGACCGGUGAGGGCAUCUUCACCAGCAGAGGGGUCGGUCGCCCCCACACCAUCUCCCCACCCACGUCCGCCCCGAACGCCAGCAACUCCUCCAAGCCCCUGCACCACCUGCCCCAGACUGUCCCCGUGCCCCUCUCGACGACCAGCAUCGCCGACAUCACCACCUCAGUCCCAUCAUACGCCAGGGCGGACUGCUCCCAGAAGGCCGAGCGGUACCCGAAAGCAGCGGUGGUGACGCCGGAGCCCCAGUCCAUGGCGGACGUGCUGAAGAAGCUGGACGCCGCGCUGCAGGGAGACAUGCGCAGACGAGAGAGGGAAGACCGGAGCGCAGAGAGGAGGCGCAUGGCUGAGCAGAAGGAAGCCGCCCGUUGUCAGGUCAUAACGACGAUGAUGACGACGAAAACAACCACGACGUUGGAGUCGGCGGCCAUCGAGAGCCUGGAGCAGCUGCUGGGGGAGGCCGCCGCCGCCUCUGACCCGUCCCCUCCCCGCCUCUCCCCGGCAACGGCGCCCGUUGCCCAGCAACCGUCUCCGCCAUACCCUUGGCUGAGUCGUGGCGGGGUGCCCUCAGGAUGCCCACCGGCGCAGGUGGGCAAAAGCCGACCGCCCCCCCUCACCCCCCAGACGGACUUCGCCCGCGAGAAGCAGCGCCAGCGCGAGCGGUGGGCCGGCGGUGGGAUGGCACCCUCUGGGCGCAGCCCUCCCUCUCGGCACCCCUCAGGGACCCCUGCACCUCCUCCUCCUCCUCCCCCCAAAACCAGCCCCUCACCCCCCUACUCCUCCACGCCCAUGCCAGGCCCAACCAGCUCAUCCAAAGACCCCUGUGCAUCACUCCCCCUCCCGCCCCCGCUCCGAGAAGCACCCCUGCUCUACCAGGCGUUCUCCAGGGACCCCGCGGUCACCUCCGCCAACCCUGCCCUGGGUAAACGCGUGCCCAGCUGUGGUGUCGGUGGGCUGGGGAGCAUGGGCAGCAGCGCCUGCAGCAGCAGCAACAGCAGCAUGGACUCGGACGGCGCCCAAUUUGAGGAGGAGCCCUCGGAGCUUCUGCCCGACGGCCUGGCCAACAUCAUGAAGAUGCUGGACGAGUCCAUCAAGAAGGAGGAGGAGCUCGGCCAGACGUGCCCGAGUGGCAGCGCCAGCGCCAGCAACGACCACGGUGCCAGGGGAGCCAUGCCAGCUUUCAACCCCGUGCCGUCCUCCUCUGCCCCUCCUCCUCCUCCUCCGCUGCCGCCUCUGAAGAGCUACCUGUGUGCGCCCGACCUGGUUCCCGCUGCCAAGCAGUCGCCGGCGGAGGAUUACAGGGCAGAGGGCCACAGCAGCCCGCCGGUUCUGAGCCGCCAGGGAUCGCUGGCGUCGCCCUGCAGCCGGACGUCCUCUCUGGAAGAGGAAGACGAUGCCACCAGCCUCAAGAGCCUCUUGCCCAGCAAGUCGUCGAUUGGCAAUGGCCUCCAGUUGCUCAGUAACGUCAGUGCCAAUGUCAACAGGCAUGCCAUCGCUGCUCCUGCAACUAACUAUCGCCACAACGACCUGGCCAAGCUGUACGGGCUGCCCGAGCUCCCGGCGAAGGUGGUGGAGGAGGAAGAGGAGGAGGAGGAGGAAGACGAGACGCCCUCCAGCUCGCCACCGCACCCCCAGCGCCCCCACCUGCACCAGACAGGAGUGGGCAGAAUGUUCCAGUCCCUGGCCACCGUGCUGGAGAGCCAGAAGUACGCGUACCGUGGCGGGCCCUUCGGGCGACCCCCGCCCUCCGCCCUCACGGGGCUCAAGUACUCCUCGUCGCUGUCGCUCGGGCCUGACAUCACCAAUGCCCAGCAACCGUCCAGCACCGGCUCCUCCCCCACCUCAGGAUCAGCCAAUCACCCCGGCUUCAGGGGAUCGGAGUCCAGCAGCCCCUCGCAGGCCCCGCCCUCAAAGACCCAGGUCACCACUGAUUGGUCGGCGGACAGGAGGCGGGAGGACAUGGAGGAAGUGAAGAGGAGGAUCGCCGCGGAGCUGUGGGGAGACGAGCCCGUCAAGGAGGAGAAGAAAGCGAAGGAUAAGGAGCGAGAGAGAACGAAGGAGCGAUCGGUGGAGGAGAGGAGUGAGGAGAAGAGGAAGGAGAGGAAGGACGACAGGCCCCGCCUCACUACCAUCUCCGAGUCCUCAUUGGCCGAGCUUGGACGCAGCUGUGAGGACCUGCUGCUGAUGCACCACACCCACUCCACAGGCCCCGCCCAGAGUGCCGCCCCUCACCACGACCUGCCCGAGGAGGUGAGGCGAGCGGAGAAAGAGAGGGAACGCGAGAAGGAGGAAGAGCGAAGGGAGAGGCACCGCGAACACGACCGAGGCAAGAAGCACCGCGACAAGCACCGGCACGAGAGCCGGAAGCACCAAGAGAGGAAAGAGAAGAAGAAGAAGCAUCGGGAAAAACGAGAGGAAGAGCCGAUGUCCCUCUUCUCCUCAUCAUCCUCUCCUUCAUCCAGCUCAAACUCCAGCAGCGGCAGCAAUCGGAGACACAGGGACGGCAAGCCGCACAAGGACAAAAAGCACCGGCAGGUGCUGGCCAACCUGGACCUGCAGGGCAAGGAGGUGCGUGACAAAGAACACAGAACUCUUGACGGAGGAGAGAAGAGGAGGCGCAAGGAGGAGGGUGGGGAGAGGGAGACAUUGAGGGACGGCAUGCAAACUCCGCCUGGGUCAUCUUCCUCUUCAUCCUCUUCGUCGUCGGACUUCCUGCGGCUGAAGGCACUGUCGGACGGCCCGCCCAAGGAGCUGAAGAUCCGUCUGAUCAAGGUGGAGAGUGGCGAGAGGGAGACCUUCAUCGCCUCCGAGGUGGAGGAGAAGAGGGUCCCGCUGGCCGAGAUCUGCAUCAAGAACACGGCCAGCGACAUCAUCAGGGCGUGCAAGUUCGCCAGAGUAAAGGGCAAGUUUAAGGAGUCCUUCCUCCUGCCUGCCUUCUCCGUCAAGCCCAACAUGUCUGCAGAGCUGCCUCUUCCCAGAGAGAAACUCAACCCCCCUACGCCCAGCAUCUAUUUGGAGAGCAAAAGAGAUGCCUUCUCCCCUGUGCUUCUACAGUUCUGUACCGACCCCAAGAACCCAGUCACUGUCAUCAGAGGCUUGGCAGGAUCACUCAGACUCAAUCUGGGCCUGUUCUCCACCAAGUCUCUGGUGGACGCCAACUCGGACCAGCCGGUGGAGGUGCGGACGCAGGUGCAGCAGCCGGCCGACGAGAACUGGGACGCGACUGGCACGGGCCAGGCCUGGCCCUGCGAGAGCAGCCGCUCACACACCACCAUCGCCAAGUACGCCCAGUACCAGGCCUCCAGCUUCCAGGAGAGCCUACAGGAGGAGAAAGGGAGUGAGGAGGAGGAGGAGGAGGAUGAAGAAGAGAAGAAGCCCCCCAUCACCUUGGAGAUGCCGGCUAUCAACCCUUCUGCCACAGGAACGGAGCAAAAGGCUGUAGGCAAGAUCAUCAAGUUCGGCACGAACAUCGACCUCUCCGACCCCAAGCGGUGGAAGCCCCAGCUGCAGGAGCUGCAGAAGCUGCCGGCCUUCAUGCGCGUGGCGUCCAGCGGCAACAUGCUCAGCCACGUGGGCCACACCAUCCUGGGCAUGAACACCGUGCAGCUCUACAUGAAGGUCCCCGGCAGCCGCACGCCAGGCCACCAGGAGAACAACAACUUCUGCUCGGUGAACAUCAACAUCGGGCCUGGGGACUGCGAGUGGUUCGCUGUCCAUGAACACUACUGGCCGGCCAUCAACGACUUCUGUGAGAAGCAUGGCGUGGACUACCUGACGGGGUCCUGGUGGCCAGUGCUGGACGACCUUUACAAGGCCAACAUCCCUGUGUACCGCUUUGUGCAGCGGCCCGGCGACCUAGUCUGGAUCAACGCCGGAACAGUGCACUGGGUCCAGGCCGUGGGCUGGUGCAACAACAUCGCCUGGAAUGUGGGCCCACUCAACUCCUACCAGUACCAGCUGGCCUUGGAGCGCUUUGAGUGGAAUGACGUCAAGAAGGUCAAGUCCAUCGUUCCCAUGAUCCACGUCUCCUGGAACGUGGCUCGCACGGUCAAGGUCUCCGACUCGGACACCUUCAAGAUGAUCAAACACUGUCUUCUGCAGUCCAUGAAGCACAUUCAGAUUCUGAGGGACCAGCUGAUAGCGGAUGGGAAGAAGAUUUCCUACCAGAGCCGAGUGAAGGACGAGCCGGCCUACUACUGCAACGAGUGCGAUGUGGAGGUGUUUAACCUGCUGUUUGUGACGAGCGAGAGCAGCAACAGGAAGACGUAUGUGGUGCAUUGUGAGGACUGUGCGCGGCGGCUAAGCCCCGCCUUGGCCAACGUGGUGGUGCUGGAGCAGUACAGCAUCGAGGAGCUCAUGACCACUUACGACAGCUUCAACCUGGCGUCGGCGUCGAGCUCUCGAUGAGUCAUCUGCUUAUCUACCCUCCUGUUCUCUUGUCCCACAGCCAUAACCAAAACUCCUGUCUGCCAGGAAAACAGACUUUUUUAGUUCAUUUACCACAAAAGAUUUCUUUUUAAGUUUCUUUCUUCUGUACGUUCAUUUGUUUGUUUGUUUGUUUUUUUUGUUUGUAAGUACUACUACUACUGUUAAUACUUGUUGAACAAGCCAAUCGAAAACCAGUUUACUCAGUGUUGUUUACAAUACCAAUCAGCCAAUAAAACUCCAGCUUAGUCGGCAGUCCAGCGUGCCAGUCUUUGGUCGUAUGUGGGGGGGACAGUGGAGUGUCGGUGUUGUCAUAGCAACAACAGUGGAGUUGACGAUCUCAAUGGCAUGUCUGUUAUGUUUUCAGGUUUCUUUGUUUUGUUUUUGUUUUCUAUGAAUACUGAAAGUUGUAAAUGCUGUUUGUAUUUUCCGCGUGGUGCUGUUUUCUUUUUUUGAAAUGUAAUUUAUUCUUUUUUUUUUUAAAUAAAAGACUAGAGCAGCCUAGAUAUAUACCACAUUGGCCUUGUGACUUGUAUUUAGUGAAGAGAUCAAAUGACAAAUACUAAUGAUAGAGAUAUGAAUCCUUUUAAAAAGCAUUAAGAAUUUUAAAAUACAGUUGUUUGGAAUGCUACAAAACAUACGGGUUUGACAGACUGUUUUUUUGUCGGUUUUGUUUUCCAUGGAGAGAAAGAAAAAAAGUCAUGACAGCAUUUUAGAAUAUUUUUGAGGGGUCGGUUCAUAUUUCUGUUUCCUUUCUGAGAGAUAAUAUUGUUAUUAAUGAUAUUUUGUCCUUUUGUUUUUGCUUCAGUUGAAUUGUACCUCUUAUUUUGCCAUGGUGAUACAGAUUCUUCCUGGAUUUAAAAGACUUUAAUUGUACAUUACUUUUCUAAUUUAAAUGUUUGUUUUUCUCUAUUUAUUGGAUAUAAAUGUUCUCCCUCUGUCCGUAGGGUUGUCAGAAUUGUUCAAAGCUUUUUAUUAUAAUGAAUUCCUGUAAUGUUUAGGGGUUUUACUUGAGGGGGGGUGUCUUUCGAAUGGUGCUUACCCUUUCUCUUGGGCCUCCUCCGGUCUAGACAAAUGAUCUUUUCAGAGGCAUCUCAUGCCACCUUUGUCUGUAGAUAGAAGCCCACAGUGGACUCGGGGCUAAAUCGACCACCAUCUUUUCCUUGUACAUGGUCGGGGACAGAAGAAAAACAACAACAACAACAACAGUUAUCUCCCCACACAAACAAACAAACACAAACAAAAACAACAGAGAGGGGUGUUUUACUGUAAAUGCAUUAUGACUUCUCACUGAGCGGAGACAUUAACGAGGCCUUUCUGAGACCUCCGUGAGACCAACCUGGCAACCUGGCCCGAGAGCCAGCGUCUUUGUCUGGCGCUGCUUUGAGCCCAGGUGGCUGGGGGUGCUAUUUCAUGACCACAGGCUCAGAAAGAAAUGACAGUUGUCUUGACUGAAAGGCGCGCACACACACAAAAGCGCUUUAUCCCUACGCAUCACAGUGUCAUUUGUGUGUGCGUGUGUGUCUGUGUGUGUGUGUGUGUGUGUGUGUGUGGCCUUCAAUGUGAAAGAGGUUAAGAUGCUGUCUCCUCAUUACUUUUUUUUUCUUUUAAGACUUAGCUAAAAUGGACGAUUUUAACAGGACAGUGCUAUCGUGAGCUGUUGGUUACGAUUAUUUCAGAAGGUGCUGAGUUCUCUUUUGAACUCUUCUCUCUUUUUUAUGUUUUUAAAAAGAAAAGAAAUCUAUUUUUCCUGUUGCAAUAUAUCCUCCCCUUUUUUUCCUUAUUUGUGGUCAUUUAUUUAAAACUGCACUGUUUAAAAAAAUUCAAACAGGAAAACAAACUGAGCCACACUUGUCUUAAACACUUUGUGAAUUUGUGUGAUAUUGCUAUGAUUGACUAUUAUUAUUAUUAAUUAUUAUUAAAUGCUUUUGAUAAACUUG